UGGAACAGUCCAGAAGGCGAACCGAGCCCAAACACGCUCACGUAUCAAACAGUGAGCUGACAGUCACUCUGAACGAUUGAAUCAGCGUUACCGGUAAACAAUGUGACCGGGUGUGGAGACCACACCUCGGCGAGGCCCGCAGGAGACGGAUGACAGCCAGCUUUAGUUGUCGGGAGAGGCGCACCGCAGCAUGGCAUCUCAGCCGAGUAUAUACAAUGAAGAUCGGAAUCUUCUUCGCCGCCGAGCUUGGGAACAGAGGAUCCAAGAAACUAGUCAAACCAAAGAACUUAACCCUGACAAUGUGCCACUUUUUGGAGAACCAUACAAGACGACAAACAAAGGGGAUGAGCUUUCCAAUCGAAUCCAAAGGAUGCUGGGGAGUUAUGAAGAUGUGAAUAUCCCCUGUCCUUUUUCCAUUGAGGCUUCACUCAUUCCUACUAUAUCCUCACAGUUAGAUCAGAGUCAGACAAAUGAAUAUAAAUUAACAAAAACCCCAUUCCUCAAUCAGGACUUUUACACAUCUACCCAAAAUAAGACUUCUGUUGACAGUUAUUCCUCUCAUCCUGUGGGGGUGCCUACUGCUGCAUUGUCUCCAAACCACCAUGAACAUUUUCCCCCUUUUUCAAAGACUUCUCUGAUCCACAGUUCAGUCACUCAGUUCAGUCACUCAGUACAGCAACAAAAGCAGAGUGAACUCUUGUCAGAUCUCAGGGGAUGUGUUGGCCUUCAUCAGGAAAUGUCUGCCCAGUCUCCAGAUGCUAAGCCACUAAACCCCCUACAUUCCACUGACCAUAAUAUUGACAUGGAUACUAAGGCCACUUUCACUAGACAUCAGCUCCAAGGUUCUACAGAUUAUUCCUCAGAGUCUGCCAGCACCAUGGAUGCUUCCACUCUGAACAUCAAACAUUCACCUAAAGAUGCAGCUCUGUCUCAAGCCAAGACUAAUGUACUACCCUCCCAAACGUUUUCUUCACUGCUUUCGUCCAAACAACCCGGGGCAGUCAUGACCAAGAAACCAACAGCGUAUGUGAGACCCAUGGACGGUCUGGACCAGGUGGUCAGUGAGUCACCUGAGCUAAAGCCAUCUCCAGAACAUUAUGCAUCACUGCCGGACCUCAUUAACAAUGCUGACCUUGUCAAAACAAAAAUAAUGUCUCAGGAUCUGGAGACAGCUUCAGAAGAACUUGAGACUGUGGAAGACAUCUUAAGGGAAAUGACUCAGUCAUGGCCUCCUCUGCUGACCGCUGUACACACACCUCGCUCUGCUCAACCCUCCAAAUCUCCAUUUCCAGCCAAGGAGGCCGAACAAAUCCCACCAUGUCCAGAACAAAAAAAUCCUUCUGAAGAUCUGUCUCAGUUCAUGCAGCGCUCCUCAGUUCCGAUGAAAGCUGCACAUUCCAGCAGUGCAGAGACGUCGAGCUCCAGUGAGUCAGAGAACAGCCGUGAGUCGGACAGUGAAAGCUCCGCCGAGGAGCCACCUCAACCAGCAGAAGUCAGCUUAGUUAAAACUGAGCCCAAUGCUCCUGCAGUGAAUCAAGGUGACUGGCAGCUGGUGCACUUUAUCAGGUCCAGUCAACAGAAGUCCAAACCUAAUGUGUCUGUCUCUGAGAGCGCCGCUCACAAGCAGCUGCCCACUCUAAGCUCCAAGCAAAGCAAUGGAGACACCAGUAAGGAGUCUGUGCUUUCCCAACACCAGCUUCAUUUUCAACAAAACGACUUUAGAGACGACCCUGCCGCUCCCCAGCGGUGCAAUGAAAUCCACCAGAACAACUACCUCUGCCAGCAGAGUGGCAAAAAGUCCAUGUCUCCUAAAGCGAGCAGCUGUAAAAAACCCUCAAAACUCUUAAAACAAACUACAGGUUAUUUGAAUCGCACUGAAGCUGCACUCAGCGUUGAGUGUGAGGACACUACAACCACCCAAACAAAAGAGCCGUGUCUUACAGACAGACCCAAAGUCAAGAUGAAAACUGGGCAUGGGAAGAAGGGCAGCAGUGACACUAAAAAAGAUGCUGAAAGGACUAAAUACACCAAAGUUGUUGAGAAGCAGAAGGCUGGAUCAGAUGUCCAACCUCUGCUGUGCAGUCACUGUCCAUUGUGUGGUGUGAGCCCCUGUUCCUGCCCCGCCCAGGGUCCUGCUCAGUCUCCUGCCCCGCCUGUCAAAAUGAACUGUAACAAAACCAAGAAAGAUUCUUUGCAACACAGCAGCAACAAGGUACCUCACAAACCAACCCUCAAGUGCUUGAAGAAGUCUGGGCAUACAGCCAAGACUUCCCGAGACAAACUCCAGCCCCCUACAUCCCUGCUGGUAAAGAUGGACUUAAAUCUGCUUGCAAGGGUACCCCAGCUGUCCACCAUUCCCAAAGGGACUCCCAGCAGUGCAAAGAGACCAUCUUUGGUCAUGGAGCAAGAUGAAGGGGGCAGUGAUGCACGCAAACACACCAAAACCUUCAAAAAGACCCAAAAUGUUGAAGAGGAGAGUAAAGUAAUCCCCAAAAAGAAACGGAAGCUGGAUAAGAGCAUCUCAUCUUCUUCUGUGAAAGUAGAAAGUUCCACCAAACCACCAAGGCCCCAGGUGCAAAAGAAGUCCAAGAAACAUUUUCAGAACCCAGCAACAUCCAAAGAUGCUUCCACAAACUCAAAGGCACACGGUCAGUGCUCUGAGAUAGCACAAAAGCCCAAUAAGGAGGCUGGAAAAGGCAAAGAUUCCCACAGAAACAAGUUGAGCAAUGGAAAACCUGUACAGCGCACACGUAACGUUAAGAAAGCAUCAAAAAGCAGCUCUGUGGAAAAGUCAACGACCCGACCCAUCAGGCCUCUCCUCACGUUUGAUGAGAGACAGUACCCAGUGAAGUAUUACAUAAAAGAGGCUAAAAAGCUGAAGCACAAAGCAGAUGCAGAGAUGGAUAAGCUUAGCAAAGCCUUCAACUACCUGGAUGCAGCCAUGUUCUUUGUAGAAAGUGGGAUAGCCAUAGACAAAGACCCCCAGAUUUCAACAUCUUCCUACACCAUGUUUGCAGAGACGGUGGAGCUUCUGAAAUAUGUACUGAAACUAAAAAACCCAGCAGAUUCAUCUGCUCCAGCCUCUGAAAAGGACUUUAUAGCGUUAUGCUUAAAGUGCCAGGCUCUCCUGCAGAUGGCCAUGUUUCGUCACAAACAAAAAACUGCACUGAACUUUUCAAAAACCCUCACCGAUCACUUUAAUAACUCUGCUCAGGCAUCACACAGUCUGCUCAGCAGCACGUCCUCUCCAGCCGCCUCAUCAACCAGCUCAGGUCCGGGAUCAAACCAAAGCUCCAGCAGCCUGCAGGGGGUGACGGUUCCUCAAGAGAUCGAACAAAUGGCGUUCUCCUACGUCAGCAUCACUAGUUUAUUCUUAACUGCUCAGGACAUCUGGGAGCAGGCGGAGGAAGUGGCUCACAGAGGCAGUGGUUUGUUAUCAGAGCUGGAUGCUGUUCUCGGCCCACUGAGCCUGACGUCCAGUAUGAGCUCUAUGAUCCGCUAUGUAAGACAAGGUGUCCACUGGCUUGGGCUGGACAGCCAAAAGGUAUGAAACUGGAGCUCCAUCUGACUGACCUGAAGGCUCCUUCCAGAUGUUGACAUCUGUGUUUCACUUUCAUUUUGCCAAUAAAAUUCAUGCCAUGUAAUUACUUUGCCAAUUAGGAGAUAGUACAAAAUAAUACACUUGAGUUUUUUUUUUUUUUUUUUCAUUUUAUUUUGAAAACAUGAAACAUAAUGGUGCCUGUUCUCAUCUGAACUCUUCACCUAUUUCUGUUUUUUUAUGACAGUUUUCAAAUCGUGGUGUUUUUCAGGAGUAGCUUUUAUGUGUUAGGAAGCAAAUCAGAAAUGAUCAAAAGUGCUACUUUGAGUUUCGGUGAUUCUGGGCUGUGGUGCGAGUCAUGAGUCAUUUAUUUUUAUAACUUCUGUUAGUAUUGUGACUUUGGAUUGGACUGCAAUCAGAAAAAUGUGGCACUUAAAUUAGUUUGGGACUCCAACUUAUCUCUUUAAAGUUUCAGUUCACUUAGGUCCUGUUUUUUACUGUAUUACUGACACAUUCUCUCAUUCCGCUGGCUUUAUUUCUUCAAACAUUUGUCUAAAAUCAGAUUUUCACUGUUUUGUUGCAUAAAAAAAUGUUUGUUGCCAAAAGUGCCACCCAUUUAUAUUAUUAAAUCAAACUUUAAUUUAUGAAAUUUACCUAAUCCUGUGUUGAAAACUGUUAUAUAUAAUUUUUUGUGUGUGCAAUAAUAAUAAUGAAAAAUGAACUGUGCCUUAGUGUUGGGUUGAACAAGAUGUUUCAUAUUUUUUUGUCUGAUGCAAAACUCCAUGUCUUUCAGGUGUAAUAACAGCGUUCUUUAUUUCAAAGCACAAAAUGUCUCUUAUGUCUUAAUUUGUCCUGCUGCUGUUCUGCUGCGACGGAUGAUCAGAAAAUGUGGGAGCUGAGGCACAUUUUGUAAGAUUGGGGAUGAUGGUGAAGUUUUCUAGCUGUUGAUUAGUUUCUCAAAGCAGACUUUUGUUUUAUAUUCUAGUUGUUCUCCUUCAAGAGGAAAAUUAUGUACAUAAUGCAAAGACAAUGAUCCUCAAACUGAGUUGCUGUAUGUAAUCUUGUCAAAAAUCUUUUUGAGUUUUAUCACAGAAACUGUACCGUGGCUCAAAGUUCAAUUAAAACUUGUUUUAGUUGCUCUUAGUCAUAAUGGUACUAAAAUGUUUUUGUAUCUGCUGGCUUAACCUCACUAACAUCUGUCAUGUUGUGUGAUCUGUAUGAGUGAACAAUAGGUAUGAUGGCUACGUCUUCAGUUUUUACAUCAUUUAAAGCAGAUCAACAGAGCUGCUGUAAGAAGUGGCCUCUGUGUUUCUGAUGCAUAGUUUGCUAUGUUAACUAGAUUAUCAUAUUUGGAUUUGGCUGGCACCUAAAGAUGUCCUGAUGUUGUCUUACCUCAGUGUUGCUCUUUCAUAUCAAGUUUUCUUUACAAUUUAAAAAGAGGGAAAUCAUUACAGAACUAAAGGGAUGGAUAAAUAGUGUUUUUUUUUUCAUUGCGUUUUUCAUGUAAUGCUGGACAUCAGCCAUAGUUGUUGGUAUUUAAUAAUGUUGAGACACCUGCAGUUUGGUUUUAAGCGGAAACCCUGGUAAUUAAAUCUGUAGAAGUGGAAUAAAAGGAAAAUAAGUAGUUUUCAGUAGAUUUUUGUAGGUUAUGUCAGGUUUUUUGUGAAGACCGACUGGACUGUGCUAGUUAUGUUUGACUCAAAGCAAUAAGACCUUUUUAAGCUGGUGACGUAGGUAUAAGUUCUUGUUUGUACACGGGAUUUAGUAUCAAAAGUGGCAUUAGGCUUUUGUUGUCUCUGCAGUUAGAUGAAACAUGAAGCAAGGAUCAGAGUGUUCAUUUACUCUGUGAUGAAGUGAUUAUUUUAUAGGAACGACAGAAUACACUGGUGUUAAUUAUUUUUCUGUAUUUUCAGCAGGCUGCUGUAGAACAAUCAGUUUAAUAUGAGAUGUCUGCUCUGCACUGGAAUGCAACACAUGGCAUUUGUUGAGUACAACUCUUUUUUUUCCCUGUACUUCUUGUUUGGAGGCUUUUUGUUAAAUUUGUGACUGUCCUUGCAACUGACUGAAAAUGUUCAGAAAUACGCUCUCCCCCCACCACCCAUUUUGAGAACAAUGUUAAUGUGUUGCGGUGUACGAUGAUGAAUAAACACUGGAAACUUUA